UCUGUCAGCAAGUCUAGUGUCGACGAGUGUCAAAAACAAUUUGGGUUAUUGUAUUAUUGAAUUUUACAUUUUUGAUAUUUAAUUAUUUAUAAUAUUACAAUGACGAGCAUUAAAUUUACCGAAAUGGCUUAUUGUAAAAUGAUUUUACAUGCAGCUAAAUAUCCCCAUUGCACUGUAAACGGUAUACUUUUAGCUAAAACUAAUACCAAUAAUUGUAAGGAAAUUGAAUUUGUUGAUUCAAUACCCCUGUUCCACGUUUGUAUUAAUUUAACACCUAUGGCAGAAAUUUCCCUUAUGCAGGUAGAUGAAUAUGCGUCUAAAAAGGGGCUGAUUAUAGCGGGUUACUACGUUGCCCCCGAGAAUCCUAGAGACCAGAGUUUCGAUAAAGUUUAUAACCGAGUAUUUGAUAAAAUUGCUGCCAAUAACAGCCCUUCAUAUGUAGUUAUUGUAAAUAGUACAAAUAGCACUAUUCAGAGAGGAAGAAUUGCCUUAAAAGUAGGUCAGUAUAAUGAUGGGAGUUACAAACAAUGCGAAGACAUUAGUGUAUCAGAUGAUUCAAUGAACGUUUGCAUAUCUGGUAUAAAUACUGGAAUGUACAAUAAACUAGUAGAUUUUGAUAACCAUCUGGACAAUAUAUCCCAGGAUUGGACAAAUAGUGAAUUAAACAAAGAAAUCAAAUCAUUUUUAUGAGGUUAAUUAAAUAUUAAUAAAUUUAUGUUUCCAUACACCAGAAUAGCAAAUUUUAUCACAUUCCUGUACAGGUAACUCCUUACUUUUGGGGGCUCGACGAAAGAAUAUUCAUGCCUUUGUAAAUUGGUCAACAUCUUUUUUGUGUCUUGACUGUAUUUGUUUUUGUAGAUAUGUCAAAUAUUGGAUUGUAUAAUAUAUGUUGUUGAGUAACUUUAUAAUUACAAUAAAAUUUAUUUAAUAAGAACUUUUAUUUUUGUACUAAUAUAGGGUAAAUGCACAGGUACUCAGCCUUCUAAGUAUAAGGUAACAAAUCGUUCACCUUUAGGAAGGACAGUCCUUCCUUAAAAAGUAUCCUCCUUUUCGAAAUUUUAAAACUAAUCUAUUAAUUUCUGUAUGUUGAUAUCCUAGUUGCAGCACUUAGUGUAAAAUUAAAUAUGAAGGUUAUUUCUUGCUCUGAAAUUUUCAACAUAUUGGUAGAAAAUAAUGACAAAAAAUAUUCAUUCAAUAGAAAAGUACUUGUUUAAUUAAAAGGGAU